GUGUGUAUAUAUAUAUACGUCGUCGUCAUCUCCUCCCUAGCUCGGUCCCUCCAUUGAUCGGAGAAGACGACUCCUCCGAUCCUUUAAAUACGACAACCGCUAGCUUCCAAUCAUCUCCUCGUCAUUGCAACUUUGCCGAGAGCUACCCUGCAACAGCUAGCUUCCAGUCAUGCAGAGAGACGACAUCGCGACGUUGGUGUGCCAGUGCCACACGCUCGGUGCAGCUGCAGCUGCAGCGGACUUCGCGAGCUUCUACAUGCUGCAGCACGGGCACGGAUCGCUCGCCCACGAGCCGUCCUACUCCUACCCGCCGGGCACCGCGGACGGUUCUUGGUGCGCGUACGGCGGCGCCGGCCACGGCACUGGCGCCAGCGCCGGCGCCGGCGCGAGCAUGGGUGGCGCGGGCGAGCAGCUGGAGCAGCAGCAGGCGGGCGCGGCGCGCGACGAGCGGAAGGCGAGGCGGCAGGCGUCGAACCGCGAGUCGGCGCGGCGCGCGCGCGCCCGGCGGAGGGGGCAGCUCGACGAGCUGUCGUCGCGCGUGGCCGCGCUCCGCGCCGCGAACGCGCGGCUGGCCGUGGAGCUGAACCGCGUGGCGGCCGCGCGCGCGCGGGAGGCGCGGGAGAACGCGCGGCUCAGCGCGGAGGCUGGCGCACUGCGGGAGAGGCUCGCGGCCGCCGAGGCCGCCGCUGCUGUGGCAGCGGGGGCCAGGGACGCGGCGGAGAAGGGCGAUGAGGAAGCGGCAACGCCGGCGGCCGAGCUAAGAUGACAUAGUAAUUCACUGCUAGGACAAGAAGGAUUUGAGGGAGACGACCAAUUGCAUGCCUUUGUGCAUGGCUGGUUGUCGUGUGUUCGUAAAUCGUAAGUAUGUAGUCGUGGAGCUCUGAGAUUUGCUCAUUCCGAAUCUCCCAACACUCUGCAAGGUACGUACAGUAGGAUACUCGAUCUGGCGAUCGGAUCGUCCACAAAGGUCGAGAUUUUCAUAUACGACUGAUGAUUUUGGAAUCUAAUACAGUUACGAGGCCCUGUUUUUACUAUAGAACUGAGUUCAUUCA